UGGAGUAGUAAAGACUGAUAUUAAAAAGAAACAAAAACAUGAUUCCACCUUUAAUAAGCCCUCCUUCGAAUAAGCGCCUCCGCAUAAGAAGAGCCCCGUCUUAGAGUCGAAAAAUUCAUCGAGUUACCGUAAGAAGGGGACACUAUAUAAAUAGCUACAUAAAGUAUUAAUACGGAGGGAUGCAUAUGACCGCUGACCAUGCGCAGACUCACUUCCUGGGUCAUUACGCACUAAUCCACAAUAUUCUAGCGUGGAACUAAAGAAAACAAUUCGGAAAUCCUCUUCUAAAUGGUGCCUUUUCUUCCUGAUAACUUCCUGAUAACAGGAUAGGCUCAAGGAUGAGUAAUUACUAAAUAUCCUGGAAAAAUAAUCCAGCAAUGCAUCUAAAAACUGGUAAAAAAAUGUAUGGAAUGACUGCCAACUCGUCGAUUGACUGUCCCAAAUUUCUGACAUAUUCUGGCUAUUCCGAGUCCGAUGAUCGGUAUUUCUGUGAUUUUACGGACUGGGCGUAUGGCAUUUUCGCAUUACUGGGGCUAUUGGCUAUUAUGGCUCCUGUGUUAUUGAUUAUUUGCUGUAUUGUGAGACGGAAGAAUAACAAGAGAUUGAGGAGAUUGACCAGCUCAGAUCAUUCAGACUAUAUGAGCAGCACACUCCCUUAUCAGCCUUUGAAACAGGACAACAGGCAAGCCAAAUAUAAUUAUGGAGCAGUGGAACACAGCGAGAGGACAGAGUCGCCUCCGUUAUCAAGGACAAAUAGCCCUAUAGAGAACUCAGCUGAACCAUCGCUAACAAAACAAGACAGCACUAGUAUUGCAUCAAGCAAAGCAAGCAUGUUCCCUAACUUUGAUGAAGCCUCACUGUGCACCAGGAAUGCCGUUGCCUCAAGGCCACGUGCCCCUACUCCAAAUCAGUCCCAGAGAGGGCCAGAAAAGAGAGCUGUGAAUAAAGAAUGUAAAAGUCCUACUCCAUAUUUAGUUACUGAUUUUUCCACAAAUGUAGACUCUAACCUGAUGUCUCCUGAUCCUCUGGCAAAUACUGAUGUCUCUUUUAAACCUGCCAAGAAAUUUACAAAAGACCAACAGAAUGUAUUACCCUCAGAGGUCCCCAUCUAUGCACAACUGGAAGACCCUGAAGAGAGACAGCCCAUGUUGCAACCACAACCACAGACUGGUGGUGAGCCUAUAUACAAUGUCUUGGAAAAACCAAAACAGACAACAGGUGGUGAGCCUAUUUACAAUGUCUUGGAAAAACCAAAACAGACAACAGGUGGUGAGCCUAUUUACAAUGUCUUGGAAAACCCACAACAGGCUACUGAAAAGGAACCUAUAUACAAUGUCUUGGAAAACCCACAACAGGCUACUGAAGAGGAACCUAUAUACAAUGUCUUAGAAGACCCUUUUGAUGUGCCGCAGCCUCAUUGUGAUAAGGAAUCCCUAAAUGAUGAAUCAUCUCAACCAAGUGAUGAAAAGAACCUGUCAAAACCUGAAAGUGAACAAUGUUCCUCAGAAGAGGAGUCCACAGCACCAAACGAGCCUUUCUAUCAAACGCUAGAGCCACCAGUACCAGAGUCUCCAGAGAAAGUCUUAGAUCCAACACAAAGCUCAAAGCAAUCCUUUCAAAAAGAUGAUCUUCUACUAGAAGAUAAUCCAAAAGAAGAUCUGAACCCUGAAGGGUAUUCCUCUCAAACUAACAUACCCACUAAGCCAGAGGAGGGCGUUUAUAUGCCUCUUAUCCCUCCAAAAACAAGGAAAUUAUCCACAGACGACUCAAAACCACUGCCACAGCCUAGAAAGAGAUUUGAAUCCAGAGCAGACUAUGAGGAGCUCCUGUCGGCCCAUGUCCAGGCCCUCCCCAUAAAUGAGAGAAAUGGGCAGUAUAUCCUGAGAGACUCCGUCACUUCACCAGGCUCAAAGGUUCUGACAAUGUAUUGUAAAAAACAGGAUAAUGAUAAAGAAAUUUACAACUUCAAGAUAUGCUUUGAUGGAGAAAAUCAAGCCCAUCUGGUCAAGAGCAAGAAAAGAUUCCCCAGCAUUACACAUCUACUAGAUUACCUCAGGGAAAACAAAGACAUGUUGCCUUGUACACUGCGGAGCAGCACUUUGGAAGAGUAAUAAAUAUUGGCAAGACAUAUUAGGCAGGGCUAUACAAUGAGUAUAAAUAUACAGUAAUAACCAAAGAAACAGGUUGACUAAAGUGCUAUUUAAUUAUUUUUUUUUUUUACAAUAAGCAAACAUGAUCUAUUAGGUUAAUAUUUACACAGCUCAUAUCACUUUUAUAUUCAAUUAUCUUUGAGCUUAUUGUAAGAGAUGCUAAGACUGCUUCUAUGUGGGUAUGUCCCCUUGCUCUCUGUAACUGCUUGUUCAGUGAACCAUAUUGUAGAGAGCUCCACUGUGUGUGGAAUGCAUAAUGUUAUCACUUCCGUUUGGUAGCUGGUUGACUUGCACCUCGGUGUAGUGAGCUGGCGGCUCGCCAGAGAAGCUAAGCUCUAAACAAGAAUGGACAGCAAAAAUCAGAAAAACACAUUGUGUAUGCAGGAAUGUUGAAGGGCAGUGUCAUGGUAAGAGCUUUGCAAUAGCUUUCUGGCCCCGAACACAAUAAAUUUCAGUCAAAUUCUAAUAUUGACUUAUGAGCCUUUGGUACAUGUGAGAGACUUAAAUUCAAAGGAAAUAACCACAAACUGUGAAUAAACAUUGUUUUCAAUAAAAUAUUGCAUAGCAUUUAACAAGGCAUUGACAGCUUAAAGUUCAACUGUUCGUAGACAAUUGAAAGCUUAUAAUAAACACUGACUCCAGACAUGCACAGUACCAUGACGCUGCCCCUAUAAAUUAAAAAUUCAAUGGGAUUACAAACAGCUUAAUUAAAUGACUAAAUUUAUCUUGCUUAUCAAUAAAAUGUUUUUUUGUGUGUUAA